CCGAGCUCGGAACUGACUGCAAACUUCAGUGGCGCGGCGACUCACCAGUUUCACCCCGGGAACUUUCCUUUGCAGGAGGAGAAGCGAAGGGGUGCAAGUGCCCCACUUUUGCUCUUUCUUCCCCUCCUCCUCCUCCUCCUCUCCAAUUCGUCUUCCCCAUUUGGAGCGGGCAACUGCGGACCCGCCACCCAGCGCCUGGCUAAGUGCUCGCUGCCGCAGCCAGGUGACGCGCCAGCCUCCUUGGGAGCCGCUCGCUCCUCGUCCGCGUCCGGGCAGCCGAGGGGAGAGGAGCCCGCGCCUCGAGUCCCCGAGCCGCCGCGGCUUCUCGCCUUUCCCGGCCACCCGCCUCCUGCCCCGGGCCCGCGUAUGAAUCUCCUGGACCCCUUCAUGAAGAUGACCGACGAGCAAGAGAAGGGCCUGUCCGGCGCCCCCAGCCCCACCAUGUCCGAGGACUCGGCUGGCUCGCCCUGCCCAUCAGGCUCCGGCUCCGACACCGAGAACACGCGGCCCCAGGAAAACACAUUCCCCAAGGGCGAGCCGGACCUGAAGAAGGAAAGCGAAGAGGACAAGUUCCCUGUGUGCAUCCGCGAGGCGGUCAGCCAGGUGCUCAAGGGCUACGACUGGACGCUGGUGCCCAUGCCGGUGCGCGUCAACGGCUCCAGCAAGAACAAGCCGCACGUCAAGCGGCCCAUGAACGCCUUUAUGGUGUGGGCGCAGGCGGCGCGCAGGAAGCUGGCCGACCAGUACCCGCACCUGCACAACGCUGAGCUCAGCAAGACGCUGGGCAAGCUCUGGAGACUGCUCAACGAGAGCGAGAAGCGGCCCUUCGUGGAGGAAGCAGAGCGGCUACGCGUGCAGCACAAGAAGGACCACCCGGAUUACAAGUACCAGCCGCGGCGGAGGAAGUCGGUGAAAAAUGGGCAGGCCGAGGCCGAGGAGCCCACCGAGCAGACGCACAUCUCUCCGAACGCCAUCUUCAAGGCUCUGCAGGCCGACUCGCCGCACUCCUCCUCCGGCAUGAGCGAAGUGCACUCCCCCGGUGAGCACUCGGGGCAAUCCCAGGGCCCACCGACUCCACCCACCACCCCCAAAACCGACGUGCAGCCAGGCAAGGCUGACCUGAAGCGAGAGGGGCGCCCCCUGCCAGAGGGAGGCAGACAGCCCCCCAUCGACUUCCGCGACGUGGACAUCGGCGAGCUGAGUAGCGACGUCAUCUCCAACAUCGAGACCUUCGAUGUCAAUGAAUUUGACCAGUACCUGCCGCCCAACGGCCACCCGGGGGUGCCGGCCACUCAUGGCCAGGUCACCUACACCGGCAGUUACGGCAUCAGCAGCACCGCGGCGACGUCUGCCGGCGCUGGCCACGGGUGGAUGUCCAAGCAGCAGGCACCGCCGCCGCCCCCGCAGCAGCCCCCGCAGGCCCCUCAAGCCCCGCAGGCACCCCCGCAGCAGCAGGCGGCGCCUCCGCAGCAGCAGCAGGCGCCCCCGCAGCAGCAGCAGGCGCACACGCUGACCACGCUGAGCAGCGAGCCGGGGCAGUCCCAGCGAACCCACAUCAAGACGGAGCAGCUGAGCCCCAGCCACUACAGCGAGCAGCAGCAGCACUCGCCGCAGCAGAUCGCGUACAGCCCUUUCAACCUCCCGCACUACAGCCCCUCCUACCCGCCCAUCACCCGCUCGCAGUACGACUACACCGACCACCAGAACUCCGGCUCUUACUACAGCCACGCGGCGGGCCAGGGCUCUGGUCUCUACUCCACCUUCACCUACAUGAACCCCGCGCAGCGCCCCAUGUACACCCCCAUUGCCGACACCUCGGGGGUCCCGUCCAUCCCGCAGACCCACAGCCCGCAGCACUGGGAACAACCCGUCUACACACAGCUCACCAGACCGUGAGGAGACCUUAAACAAAGGGCGAUGAUGGCCGAGAUGAUCAUACAAAUAACCCAAGAAAUAAAUAACCCACCAGAAUUUCCUUUGGACAUUUUUUUUUUUCCUAUUCCUUAAAGACACUUAAGCUAAAGGCAACUCGUACUCACAUUCCAAGACAGAAAUGUUACCUAUCCAAACGCAGUACCAACUUGUUGUGGAUCGGUGGCCAGGCCACUCUUGGCUAGAUGGACCAGCAGCAUUGAGAAAAACCGGACUUACCUUCAGAGCAAGUGUGGAGAAUGAUGGAGAGUCCUGCGACCAGUUUGCUCAAUCUCCCUGCCUGUUUGGACUUUGUAAUUAUUUUUUAGCAGUAAUUAAAGAAAAAAAAAGUCCUCUGUGAGGAAUAUUCUCUAUUUUAAAUAUUUUUAGUAUGUACUGUGUAUGAUUCAUUACCAUUUUGAGGGGAUUUAUACAUAUUUUUAGAUAAAAAAAAUUAAAUGCUCUUAUUUUUCCAACAGCUAAACUACUCUUAGUUGAACAGUGUGCCCUAGCUUUUCUUGCAACCAGAGUAUUUUUGUACAGAUUUGCUUUCUCCUAAAAAAAAGAAAAAAAAGAAAAAAAAAGAAAAAAAGUUUUAAAAAGUGUGUCGUUUAAUAUUAACAUAAAAAAAGAAAAGCAGAAUUGUG